ACUCCAAGCAAACCACGAGCUCGUCACCUUUCUCUCAACAUCCAAAGCAAGAACAACUCUCCAAUGGCGGACGUGUACUUCUCCCUUCUCCUCCUCAUCCCACUCUCCCUCCUCCUCCUCCUCCACUUCAUUGUCCGCCCCAGGCCCGUCAGGGUCCCAAUCAAGAACCGUCACGUGUUCAUCACCGGCGGCUCCAGCGGCAUCGGCCUCGCACUCGCUCACCUCUGUGCCCGGGAAGGCGCUAACGUCACCAUCCUCGCCCGCGACGUCAGAAAGCUUGAGGAAGCCAAGCAAUCCAUCAAGCUCGCCACAGGGCGCGAAGUCGGCGUCUUUAGCGCUGACGUGAGGGACUACGGCGCCGUUGAACGCGUCAUCCAGGAGGCAGGGGCCAUCGAUGUGCUCAUCUGCAAUCAUGGGGUGUUCAUAGCGCAGGAAUUGGAGGGUCAGGAGCUGGAGGAGAUAAAGUUCAUGAUAGACGUGAAUUUGAUGGGGAGUUUUCAUUUGAUUAAGGCCGCGUUGCCCGGAAUGAAGAAGAGUCGGGCGGAGCGGGGGCCCGGCUCGAUUGCUAUUAUGUCUUCUCAGGCGGGUCAGGUUGGUAUUUACGGUUUUACAGCUUAUUCAGCCAGUAAGUUUGGCCUAAAGGGUCUGGGAGAAGCUUUGCAACAUGAGAUUAUAGCAGAUAACAUUCAUGUCUCCCUCAUCUUCCCUCCAGAAACUGAAACUCCUGGUUUUCUACGAGAGAGCAAAAGAAGCCCACAACUCACCAGAACAAUAGCAGCUUCCUCUCGUGCAAUGAAAGCCGACGACGUUGCCAUGAAAUCUUUGAACGGAAUUCAGUCAGGCGCUUUUAUCAUUCCCUGCAACUUCGAGGGGUUCUUACUUUCUAUAGCAACAGCUGGUGUAUCCCCCCAGAGAUCAUAUAUGAUGGCAUUCGUAGAGGUAAUGACUGCUGGUAUAAUUCGACUUACUACCUUAUGUUUCCAAUGGAAUUGGUACAGAAGCAUUGAGAAGCAGCUUGCAGACAAGUUGAUGAGUAUUAGAAAGAACACCUGAUUCCAUUGUCAAUACAUUGAGUAUUUACAACUACAUAAUAAUUGUGCUUCCUACUGAAGGAUCAAA